AUGAAUAGAUCUUUCCACGAGUCUUAUUAUUACAAAAAUUUGGCAAACAAUAAUAAAUCUAGAAGACUUUGGCUAUCUUAUUCACCAAGUAAGGAUCUUAUUUUUUGUAUUUCCUGUAAACUUUUUGGUUUACCAAAAGCCCAAAAAUCAAAUUUAGCUUUGAAUGGUUCAAAUGAUUGGUCUAAUAUACAAAGAAUUAUUAAUAAUCACGAACACUCACAUAAUCAUAUACAGUCAGAAAUCAGUCGGGGUCUAUAUUUACAAAGUAAUCGAAUUGAUCUAAAUGACCAAUUAAUUAUAUGUGCUAAUCGUGAAGUGGUUCGAACUGUUAUUGAGGUAUUGAUUUUUGCUGCUCGACAAAAUAUAUCGCUACGAGGACACAAUGAAAAUGUUCAAUCAUUAAACCGCGGAAAUUUUUUAGAACUAUUAAAAGUCAUAGGACGUCACAGUGCCCCUGUUAUGAUGCAUCUUGAAAAAAUAAACAAAAGUAAUAAUAACAGAUUAACAUGUAUGUCUUCUAAAAGUCAAGAAAAACUGUUGAGUAUAUUAGGUGAAAUGGUUCGAGCACAAAUAUUGAAAGAUGUGAAAAAUGCUUGCCAUUUUGCUGUUAUAAUUGAUACCACUACGGAUAUAUCAAACCAAGAACAGUUUACAUUUAUAGUGAGAUAUGUUAACAGUACUGGUGUAAUAGAAGAGCGAUUGUUGGCUUUAGAAACUGCAAGUGAUGCUACAGGACAAGGAUUAUUCAAUACCUUUUGUACAAUAACAAGUAAAUAUGACAUCAACUGGGAAAAACAUCUGUGUGCACAAUCAUUCGAUGGUGCAGCAUCUAUGCAAGGAAUUUAUUCAGGUCUACGAAGUUUUAUUCAACAUAAAAAUCCUAGAGCAAUUUACGUUUGGUGUUUUGCCCACAUAUUAAACUUAGUAGUGGUAGAUACAUGUGAUUCAUGUACUGAUACUAAAAAUUUUUUUGGAGAUGUUCAAUCAUUAGUAUUUUUUCUAAAAGCUCGCAAAAGAGCAGCUGUUUUUAUUGAAUGCCAAAAAAAAAAUGUAUAA